AUGUCGAGAUAUCAUUUUCUAUGGCUGAGGAAGGAAGGGAAGGUGGCAAUUGUGGGAAGUGGACUGAUAGGAUCAUGCUGGGCUACUCUGUUCGUCAGUGCGGGUUACUCUGUUUGUCUCUACGAUAUUUCGGAGGCUCAACUUGAUUUAGCCAAGAAGACCGUUUUGCACAAACUGGAACAGCUUCAGAACGAAGGUCUCUCGAGAGGUACGACAACUGUAGAAGAAGCUGAAGGACGAAUAUCUACGACAGUGGAGCUGAGUGAAGCCCUUUCCGGCGCAUUUUAUGCCCAGGUAUACUUUUGGUAG